AUGGGUGGCCAGUACCAGCGCUUGCUCCUUCCUCCACCUCGCUUGCCGUCGCCUAAUGAUGAAGGGAGGAUAGUGCCUAGAGCAACACCAGCGUUCAAACUAGCAAGAAAAGUGCGAAUGACCCAGACUAUCCAUCCUCUUUGCAGCCCCCCUGCUCCUGCUCCUUCUACUGCGUUUCUUAUUUGGGAGGUGGAGGGACGAGGGAAUUUUGUACUCCACAAAAGAACGAAGGUGAGGAGUAUUAGGGGUGAGAGUUGGGAUAGCAGGAUGGCUUUACUUGGUAGUAAAGGGUCGGUGAACUCGUUCCUUUCCACUACUUGUUUCUUAUGGCUUUGUGCGGGUGUGGAGGUGGUGUUUGCCGGUGUCGACGAUGCUUCUGCAUUCUUUUCUGUGACCUUGUGCCGGACGGAUGAACGCUGUUGUCGUAAGAGCGUACGAACAGCCACCCAGCUCGAAACGCCGACGCACAAAUGCAAAGCUAGACCUUCUACCAAAGUCACCGCCAGUACGUUCAAAUACGAGACUAGCGUCGGUAGCAUCUCUCCGUGA